CGCAUUGCCCAUUCGUCCGUCCGUCGACGCCAUCGCCGGCCUGCGAGCUUGUCAUUCAUCCGCUCCCCCGUCCGGCGAUUGGAGCGCCUCGCCGGCGUGCAUUUGAAUUCCCUCCAUCGCAGUUCCCCGUUCGCUUUCCCUCGAUCGCUUGCGUCCAUUCCAUCGCCCGUCUCCACCCAUUGUAUCGCCGUUCCCUCCUCGAGCCUUCCCUGUCAUGGCUGCCCCUGUUACCACUGAGCUGGCCACCCUCGGAGCCGGAUGCUUUUGGGGUGUUGAAAAGUCGUUCCGCCGAAAGUUUGCCGGCGCCGGUUUGAUCUCGGCAAAGGUCGGCUAUGCCGGCGGCGUCGCAACCACCCCCUCAUACCGACAGGUUUGCACAGGACAGACGGGCCAUGCCGAAGUUAUCCAGAUCGAAUACGAUUCUAGGGUCCUGUCUUAUGAAACAAUCCUCGACUUCUUCUUCCGUAUGCAUGACCCCACGACCCUCAACCGUCAGGGCGGUGAUGUUGGCACCCAGUAUCGAUCAUGCAUUCUCUUCCAUAGCCCCAGCCAGGAGCAGACCGCCAGAAGUGUGAUCGACAGGAUCCAGCCGUACUUUGGCCAUCACAAGAUCUCCACCACCCUCGAGCCCUUUCACACCUUCUGGUCCGCGGAGGAAUAUCAUCAGGAGUACUUGACCAAGAACCCGGACGGGUACGAGUGUCCCAGCCACUUUGAGCGAACCUGGGAGAGGAUCAAGAGUCAGUACAGCAGCCUGUAGGCACCGAAUCGACUCCGCCCUCGACGCUCGUCUUUCCAGACUUUGACCAUGUCAUGCAAUGGGGCUCGCCUCUGUUCGCUCCGUGUUCAACAGCACCUAGAGCGAAAACUGACGAUUACAACUCCUGAACGGUGCUCGUCAAAUAAACGCAGUCGCUUCAUUUACAGCAAAUAGCGGAUUGAUGGUUUCUCAUAUGGAACACUCGGCCAGCGCGUCCAACAGCACUGCUAAUAUCGGUGCCAUGUCCAGCAAAUUCUGUCGGGGUGUGUCCCGAUCCUGUUCAUCAGAGAGAAGGAAUCGGCCACAUCCACUCAAUAUUGUUGUGAAUCUCGAGAUAGCCAGUCGUCAAACACCACUGAGAGCGAGCGGAAUCUGUGAGCAAAUGAAUGAGAAGCG